GCGCAAUAACUCGACACUCCACGCGCGUCACCCCAACACACAGGCGCAAUGGCGGCCGAACAGAGGAAGCUGCUGGAGCAGCUCAUGGGCGAACAGCUCAUGUCCGGCCCCGGCACCCGCGCACCCCAGCUCUCAAUCACCGACCCCAAGGUGUGCCGCUCGUAUCUUGUCGGCACCUGCCCGCAUGACCUCUUCACCAACACCAAGCAAGACUUUGGUCCCUGUCCCAAGGUUCACAGCGAGCCGUUGAAGAACGAGUUCGAGGCCGCCGACACCGACCAACGCCGCCGAUGGGGUUUCGAAUACGACUACCUGCGCGACAUGCAAAAGUACGUCGACGAGUGCAACCGGAGGAUCGAUAGCGCCCAACGCCGCCUGGAAAAAACGCCCGACGAGAUCAGGCAGACCAACAUCCUGCUCCAACAAAUCCGCGACCUUUCCAAGACGAUUGAAAACGGCUUGCUCGAGAUUCAGAUACUCGGUGAAGAAGGCAGCGUCAACCAGGCCGUGACGGAGGUGUUCAAGGUUAAACAAGCCAAGCAGACAAAGGAAGACCGCGAGCGCGAGCUCAAGGCGUUGUCCGACACGUCGGGCCCGUCAGGCCACCAGAAACUCCAAGUGUGCGAUGUGUGCGGCGCGUACCUCAGCAGACUGGACAAUGACCGGCGGUUGGCGGAUCACUUUUACGGCAAGAUGCACUUGGGCUACGCUCAGAUGCGCAAGACAUACGAACAGCUACAAAAAGACCUCAAGGGCAAGCCGCCACCAGCAAGAUCGCACGAUUUGGACGACGCGCCGAGAGGAGGCUCGCGCGGUAGUUUCGACGACUACAACGACAGGAGCGGAUAUGGUAGGGGAGGCUACAGAGGAGGCGGCCGCGGAGGGUUCAGAGGGGGACGCGGCGGAUACGGACGGUGGUGAAAGGUCAUACGCCGAGGUAUGGAAUCAUAUGCAUUUGCGACUGACAAGCACGGCGUUUGCGGCGGGAAAGGGUCAUGACAUGCUUCUUAGCAGCGAGAAAAAUACUAGUAGCAAAGAGGCGACGCUGGCUUCUCACUACAAUCAAAACUUGGGUGCGCACACCUUUACGGAUUAGAUUGGAGGAUGGCUGACGGGAUGCGAGCAGCGAGACAACUUGCGACUCGGAGUGACAGUGGGG